GAUGUAAAAUAACAAUAGAAUGAUCUGGAGGAAAAUUGAUCCAUCAGGUAAAUAGCCAGGAGAUAGGGCAGCUCAUUCCUGUGAUUUAAUUAUGGGAAAACUAUAUAUAUUUGGGGGAUGGAAUGGAAUGAACGCUCUUGCUGACAUUCAUAUUUAUGAUCUAAAUUCAAAUUAAUGGUCAGAAUUAUAAACAAAUGGAGAGUUACCAUCAUAUAGAAAUAAUCACACAACAGCGGUUUGUCAAACAAAAUUAUAUGUUCAUGGAGGUCAUAAUGGAAAUACAUGGCUAGAUGAUCUUUAUUAUUUGGAGACAAAUGGAUAACAUGGUUAGGCUAGUUGGUACAAAGUACAUCCACAAGGUUAAAUACCUACUGCAAGGGCUUGUCAUUCUUUGAAUAUUGUUUCUAAGAAACUCUAUUUAUUUGGUGGUUAUGAUGGUUAAGAAUGCUUUAAUGAGAUAGAAAUAUAUGACAUUUAAGAAAAUCGAUGGAUAUAACCAACUGUGAGUGGAACAAUACCCACAGCUAGAAAUGCGCAUACAAUGACCAGGUAACUAAAUAAUUAUAGUAGAUAUAAGGAAAAUUUGUAUUUGUUUGGUGGUCAUUCUGGAGCAUAACACUUAUAGGAUUUACAUGUAUUCAAUACUUAUAAGUUGGAAUGGACUCAAGUUAUUACCAAAGGGACUUUACCUAAAGGUUUAAGAGGACAUACAGCUAAUUUAAUUUAAAAUAAUAUAUAUGUAUUCGGUGGGUAUGAUGGUUCAGGUAGAUCAAAUGAUCUUUUCAUUUAUAAUUUCUUAACACAAUAGUGGGUUAUUCCUAAUCAUCAUGGAACUGGAACUUAUUUAUAAAUGGAGGAAGUAGCAUUAUCUUAGAUACCCUAACCAAGAUAGAGGCAUUCAGCAACCGCAACAGGUAUUUAUAAUAUCAUUGAAAAUUUUAGAAAAUGAUCUUAUCUAUAUUUUUGGUGGAUUUGAUGGUAACAAAUGGUUGAAUGAUCUUUAUGUAUUGGAUGUUGGAUUAUUAGAAAAUCGUACAAUAUAAGAGGAAAACUAUCAAAGAGUGAUUUCAAAUAUUCAUAAAAGUCUAUUUAAUAAUAAAGAGCUAAGUGACAUAGUAUUUGAAAUAGGUAAUUAAAAGAUAUAUGCUCAUAAAAGUAAUCAUAUAUUAAUUUAUAUAUUUUAGUUUAUUUAGCUGCUUAAUCUCUAUAAUUCAAAGCUCUCUUUUUCUCUGAUACGAAAGAAAGUGAUUAGUAGACAUUUAUUAUAGAAAAUUAUUCUUAUAAAUCCUUCUAUAUUUUUCUACUUUUUGUUUAUACAGGAUUUAUUAAUGUGGCCGAGUUGGAUAUUGAAUCAAUGGGAGAAAUAUUAAGUAAAUUUAAUAAUUAUCUUAGGUUUGGCUGAUUAAUAUUUAAUUGAUGGACUUAAAAAUCUUAUGCAGAAAAGCAUUAAGAAAUAUAUUAGUAAUGAAACUGUUUGUGAUUUAUUAAUCUUUGCAUAAAAAUGUUCUGCUCAUUCACUAAAAAAUGCAUGUAUGAAUCAUUUACUAAAGAAUAUCAAUAUUAUAUCUGAAUCUCCGAAAUAUGAAAAGCUAGAAUUAUAACCCUCCUUACUUACUGAAAUUACGAGAGCAUUACUUUAACAUAAAGAAUGA